CUGUCGCUUUUGUAUAAUCUUUAAUAAAAGUAUACAUGGACACAUAUGAAGUAUGUCCAUAGGUCCCAAACGGAGCCCAAGGAUGUGUGUAUUUCAGUCUUUUCAAAUGAUUCCUGGAGUUAAUGCCACAGAGCCGUAUUGUUGAGUCAUGUCCCUUUGGUCACAUGUUUGUCAGAGGGCUAAAGGAGGAAACUUAAUCGAGGGGGAAGGGACAGCUAUCAGUGGGUGCCUCAAGGUUGGAAGUGAAAAGCAUGUGUGUCUGACAGAUAGAGACAGAGAGAGAGAGAGAGAGAGACUGAGACAGAGAGAGGUUAGGGUAAAAGGGUAGUGUGCUUAAACUUCCAGAACAGCUGUUCUGUUCUCCAAUCACUGCUUAUUUUCACCUCCUGUUCCUCCUCCUCCUCUGUGACUCUUUCUUUUUCUGCCUUUCGGUGGCUGUUUGGCUUCAGUGGUUCUUUGCCAUCACACAACAAUGACUGCUGUAGCUGUAGCCUCCCUGCAGUGACGAUUUUGAGGUUAUGCUGCCCGAAAGUUCCCAAUUGAGUCUGAGUGAAAGAGAAAAGGGCUAAAGCCAGCGCACUUUACAGCACCACGCACAAACCUGACCAUAAGCAAUGAGUGACCCUCAGGAUGCCAGUGACGUCACUUCAGCCGCAAGCUUGACACAGCAUUUGCCUGUUGCAGUGCAUUCUCCGGCCCAGCGAUGUGAUGAUGAUGAUGAAGGGGACUUGAACAAGACCCUGGGAGUACAGCGCUUCCAGCAGAUCCUCACCCCCCCCCAGCGCUUGCCCAUUGAACAACACCGCAUCUUUAAUGAGGAGGACUUUGAGUAUCACCGUCACAGCUCUCUACACAUUCACCACCCUCUGUCCAAACACCUCCCAGAGGGCCGGAGGAAAAAGCCCGGAAGAAAGCGGAAGGACUCAGGAAGGAGGAGGAGCUCAUCUAUGGGAUCAGCUCCCCCGAUAGAUGAGGAUGAAGAGGAUGAAGAGGUGGAUGAAGAUUCCUGUAGUCAGCAGGAUAAAGAGGGCAAUGUCACCACCACACCUACACCGGAAACGGACACAGAGGUGGAUGCACAGGUAGUAGAGUCACACACACACACACACACACAAACACUACUUGUUAUGAUCUUACUAACUCCUCUCUUGCUGGUACCACAGUUUUUUGUAUCAGAAGACGAUCCCAACUCCACUGUAAAUAAGAACGGUAAAGCCUCACCACAACGAAAGCUGCCAAUCAUACCCCAUUCAAUGCUUCACACCAGUAUCAGCAUCCCAGAAAAUGUUACAACAUCUGCGGGCAGAAACUGGAUUCGUAAUCUGCCCAAUGGCAGACGAGUUUCUGCACCAUGUUUGUUUCCAAGUUUGAGUUCUGGCCGCAGUUACGAUCUGCAGGAGCGCCGCCGGACGGGCAACAUGACAGGCACAUCACUACAACACUACCAAUACAUGCCUACUGACGAGAGCGAGGCACAGACACUCACCACCGUUGACCUGGAUGGCAUUAAAAGUCACAGGUUUGAGGAUGUCCCUGGUGUGCGGCGGCACCUGGUUAAGAAAAGCGCUAAAGGUCAGGUGGUUCACAUCGGCAAGGAUCACAAAGAGCCCAGCAGUCGUAUCCGCACCAAAUUGGAUCGAACCCCACAUGAGAGGAGAUCAUGGCCCUGUUUCAUGGACUACAGGGUUCGUCGUGCCCGACAGCUGAAGGUGUUUGUUGAGCUGAAUGAGUUACUGAUGGAUAAGAACCAGGAGAUGCACUGGAAGGAAACAGCUCGUUGGAUAAAGUUUGAGGAGGAUGUGGAGGAGGAGACCGAGCGCUGGGGCAAACCUCAUGUAGCUUCACUCUCAUUCCGCAGCCUGCUGGAGCUCCGCAAGACCAUUUCACACGGUGCAGUGUUGUUGGAUCUGGACCAGAAGACGCUGCCUGGUAUUGCUCAUCAGGUGGUGGAGCAGAUGAUAAUCUCAGAUCAAAUCAGAGCACAGGACAGAGCCAAUGUGCUCCGAGCCCUGCUCCUCAAACACAUUCAUCCGAGUGACGGCAAGGAGCACAGCUUAUUUAAACGGAACAUCUCAGCAACCAGCCUUGGCUCUCUCAUAUCUCAUUACCAUAGCAGUAACCAUAUCGCCACCCCGGAGCCCCCCGCCACAGACCCGCUCAUCGGAGGACUACGUAACUUUGAGUCACGCAUUAGUGUAGACUCAGAUAGGAUUGAGAAAGACACAGCCCAGUUUUUUGGUUUGCACAAGACCAAAUCUAAACAUGAGCUGAAGCUGCUUGAGAAGAUUCCGGAGGAUGCAGAAGCAACCGUUGUCCUCGUGGGUAGUGUGGAUUUCCUGGACCAGCCCACCAUGGCCUUUGUGAGACUGCAGGAAGCGGUUCUGUUAGAGUCCGUUCUUGAAGUGCCGAUUCCAGUGCGCUUCCUGUUCGUGUUGCUCGGACCUCCCAAUGCCAACAUUGACUACCACCAAAUCGGCCGCUCCAUAUCAACACUUAUGUCUGAUAAACACUUCCAUGAAGCGGCGUAUUUGGCAGAUGAGCGGCAGGACCUGCUGACAGCCAUCAACAGCUUCCUGGACUGCAGUAUUGUGCUUCCUCCAUCUGAGGUUGGAGGAGAUGAGCUGCUGCAUUCUAUCGCUCGCUUCCAAAAAGAGAUGCUGCACAAGAGACAUGAACAAGAGGUCAAACUACAGGCCAAGGAACCCAAGAGCCCCGAGGACACCGCCCUUCAACCUCCUGUGAAACCUGAAGAUGAUCCUCUUCGGAGGACGGGUCGGCUGUUUGGUGGGGUUAUCCGAGAUGCACGACGCCGCUACCCCAAAUACAUCAGUGAUUUUAAAGAUGCCCUAAGUCCUCAAUGCAUGGCCACAGUCAUAUUCAUUUACUUUGCUGCCCUUUCUCCUGCCAUCACCUUUGGAGGACUAUUAGGUGAAAAGACCGAUGGUUUGAUAGGUGUGUCAGAGCUGAUUAUUUCCACUGCCGUGCAGGGAAUGUUGUUCUGUCUGCUUGGGGCUCAACCUCUGCUGGUGGUGGGCUUCUCUGGACCCCUUCUAGUGUUUGAAGAGUCCUUCUAUUCAUUCUGUAGGUCCAAUGAAAUCGAGUUUCUGACAGGACGUCUGUGGAUUGGAAUCUGGUUGAUCAUCAUUGUAGUUCUCACGGUGGCCUUUGAAGGGAGCUUCCUGGUGCGAUUUGUGUCCCGCUUCACCCAAGAGAUCUUCUCCAUCCUUAUCUCACUCAUCUUCAUCUACGAGACCUUCUUCAAGCUGGGCAAAAUCUUCAUGGAUCAUCCUCUCAGAAGCUGCAGUGGGCGAGAAGAAAAUGACACUGCUUUAUCAACACCCACAAGUGACGGCAGGUCUCCAGAUGCCUCUCAAACCCUAAACCAGCCAAACACAGCUCUCCUCUCCCUGGUGCUCACGGGCGGCACCUUCUUCAUUGCCUUCUAUCUGCGUAAAUUCAAGAACAGUGCUUUUUUCCCUGGCACGCUCCGAAGGGCUAUUGGAGAUUUUGGAGUUCCUAUUGCAAUCUCCACCAUGGUUCUGUUGGACUAUGGCAUUAAGGACACUUACACACAGAAACUAAGUGUGCCUGAUGGCUUCUCUGUGACCAGCCCGGACAAGCGUGGUUGGUUAAUACACCCACUGGGCUCUGAUGGCCAGUUCCCCAUUUGGAUGAUGGUUGCCAGCAUUCUACCUGCCCUGCUCGUCUACAUCCUCAUUUUCAUGGAGACUCAAAUCACCACUCUUAUUGUGAGCAAGAAGGACAGGAUGCUGGUUAAGGGUUCAGGGUUUCACUUGGACCUGCUGAUCAUCGUGGUUAUGGGAGGCAUUUCAGCGCUCUUUGGGCUGCCGUGGUUGACUGGUGCUACGGUUCGUUCUGUAACUCAUGCAAAUAGCCUCACAGUGAUGAGCAAAGCUGUUGCACCUGGGGACAAACCACGCAUUCAGGAAGUGAAAGAGCAGAGAGUAACAGGAUUUCUAGUGGCUCUUCUAGUAGGUCUGUCUAUUGUGAUUGGAGAUGUUUUGCGGCAGGUUCCUAUCGCUGUGUUGUUUGGUAUAUUCCUCUAUAUGGGAGUGAUGUCUCUCAAUGGGAUCCAGCUAACUGAACGCAUGAUGCUGCUAUUUAUGCCACCGAAGUACCAUCCUGAUCACACUUAUGUCCGCAAGGUGCGUACUCUACGCAUGCACCUGUUCACAUGUUUGCAGCUGGUGUGUCUGGCUGUGCUGUGGGCUGUAAUGUCGACCUCGGCCUCGUUAGCCUUCCCGUUUGUUCUGGUCCUCACUGUGCCAUUCAGAAGGUUCCUGCUGUCCCGAAUAUUUACCCAGCGUGAGAUACAAUGUCUUGAUGCAGAUGAUGCAGAGCCGUCAUUGGAUGACAAAGAAGGCCAAGACGAAUAUACAGAGAUGCAAAUGCCAGUAUGACCUCAUUCCUCACCUGUCUCUACCUGGGCUGGCCUGACUCUCUUUUCAGUCAGAGAUGUCCAGAUGUACUGCCCUUUUUUUUUUUUUUCAUUAAUCAGUUUUAAUCUCUAUUUUGUUUUCCCCGUUUUGUUUUCGCUUAAAUUAUUUAAACAUUAUAUUUAUACAUAUGUAAAAAUGUUAAGAAGUUGCUCGAUGUCACUUUAAGCAACUAGUGUCAACUGUACAAUGUUUUUUCUUUUUUCUGUUUAUUUAUCAGAGUUGAAAUGUUAUCUUACUGAUGUGUGUGUUUUGGAGGGUUAAAUGAAUUUAUGAUAUCCAGUCAGCUCAAAAUGAUACAGGAAGCACUUUAAGGUCAAUUUGAAAUGAAGCCUUUUCAAUUCAUUUUAUUUCAUUGCAAUGUGACAUACAAUGUACUCCUAAAAAUGAAUAACUGUACAGAUGAGAUUCAUGCAAAUUAUAUAUGAUUGAUAUUUUUGUAGCUAAAUUAAAAUAAUAGUAAAAGAAUUAGUUAUAAUUAAACAGAGAUGUAUGCUGUAUUCAACAACAACAACAACAACAACACACACACACACAUAUAUAUAAUAUUGCCUAUAGCAACAAAAAACUGUUUGCAGUCACCAGUUUAUCUGGAAGAAGGAUAUAUAUAUAUAACAAUAUGUUCUUUUGAAAAUUGUUGCAUAGCUCUUUGGAAACUAUUUUUCUCACCAGAGCACCAAAGAGGCCUGUGUGUUUAUAUAACAUGAACACUAAGAGAAUAAUAUAAGUAGUAUUAAUUGUAUAUAAUACGUAAAUAUACAGUCAUUGGAUUAUAGUGCAUUUGAUUCACCUUGUUUGUCUGAGAGAAAAGUAAUUUAAAAAUUGUUUUAUGGAGAUCAAAAGGUGAAGUUUUACGCAAUCUAUUAUGAUAAUGAUGAUUAAAAUAUCACAGAGCACAUGAAAUGGUUUGAUCGUUUAAUGCACUACCAUUUAUUUUUAUUAACAAGCUUCAUAGAUGAAUAUUUGUCUUUUAAGGGAACAGAAUCUAUGAAAUUUGUUAAAGCACAAAAAAAAAAAAAAAAAUACCAAACAGGAGUAGAUUUGGUAUAAUGCUGUAAUCAAUUUUCUUAAAUGUGUCUCAUGUACAUUCCAAUCAAAAAGAUGAUCUUGCAAACAAAUUAUUUUUAUAAAGAAGGGACUACA